AUGUUACAAUUUUAUGGAAAUGGUGAUUUGCAAGGCCCGACCGACUAUCUCAAUGAAUGGACCGAUGCCCGAUGGGAAGAGGCUUACAGGUGUAUUCCGCACUGUAAAGAAACAAAAGAGUCGCUAGAAGACUUGCUUGCAAAUGUUCGAGUUUUGGUUCAAAUGCACAGCGACCUUCUCUAUAAUCCGUACAGAACCAGCAACAAUCCCGGAAGACAGAUUUCAUAUUGGGAUAUUUACUAUCCUUGGUAUCGAAAUGAUCUAACGCAAAGCAUUGCUUCACUUAAAUAUAGUUUAAGGAGAUUCUGGACAUCCGGCGUUGGUAAACAAUUUGCUGAACCGUAUAAGGGGAGAUUGGAACUUAUGAUUCCAAGUAGUAUUCAGGUCAGAGCUUGGAGAAUGAUUAAUUCUCAAUUCGAUUCCUUAGAGACAUACUGCUCAACGCUUGGCAGAGGUGAGACUCUCCAGAUGAUUCGAAAGACUUUGAACCCGACUGGAUCUGGCGCGCAAGUUCUUUCAGUAACCAUGUUACCAAAAAUUCCUGUAGUUCUUCGUAAUCCAACUUAUCGAACACUUUAG